AUGUCUACCGCAGCAAGGCGUCGUCUGAUGCGUGACUUCAAGCGCAUGCAGACAGAUCCUCCUGCAGGAGUUUCCGCUUCCCCUAUCCCUGAUAAUGUGAUGACAUGGAAUGCCGUCAUUAUUGGACCUGCUGAUACGCCGUUCGAAGAUGGAACUUUUCGACUGGUUAUGCAAUUUGAAGAACAGUAUCCCAACAAGCCGCCACAAGUCAAAUUCAUCAGUCAAAUGUUCCACCCGAACGUGUAUGCGACUGGAGAACUGUGUCUUGAUAUCCUUCAAAACCGCUGGAGUCCGACAUAUGACGUUGCGGCUGUCUUGACGAGUAUUCAAAGUUUGCUCAACGAUCCGAACACUGGGUCACCAGCGAAUGUCGAAGCUUCGAAUUUAUACAAAGACAAUCGCAAAGAAUAUACAAAGAGGGUGAGAGAAACCGUCGAGAAAAGUUGGGAGGACUAG